AUGGCAAAGCCACGAAAUGCUGCUAAAAAGGGGUCUCUGUCCCAAUCUCUGGAUAAUAAAAUUGCUGACCUUAUAUAUCGGAUGCUUGACGAGAAGUCGCUAGAGAAGCAGCGCGCUAGAGCACAGCUUGCUCAAGAAGGUGGAGAUACUGACAGUGAAUCGAUGGAUGACCUAAAAAAUGAUUUUGCAGACAUCUACUUAGCACAGGACCUAAAACUUAUGGAUGUCAUCGCCUAUGUUCAAACCCGAGACCUGUCGCUUCAGCGGGUCAAAAAGGUACUGCUUGAAAAAACCGUUGAAAGGGUUUUGAAGCAAGUGAUUGAGGAUGAAAAGGAUGGGCUUGACCUAACGCCACAGCCAGAGACAAUAACUGAAGAGGAAAUGUCAAAGCAAAACCUUAUGGUGAUCCAGGAUAAAAACGAGAUGAACAGGAGCAUAACCGGACAAUGGAACUUUUCUCCUGUGCCUCCGCCAACUCCAAAGUCAGCCGAGGAUGGUAUGGCUGUCGAAAGUGACAGUAAGAAGGGUAACAAGAAGCGUCCAACGAAAGAUGCUAUUAUAAAACCAAAGCGGCAAAAAGUACAAGAUCGCACUCCGCCUUCUGCAGAUCUUUCAUCUUUGGGUGGAAUGGAUGACGUGAUUGCCCAACUAAUGGAACUUGUCGCUCUUCCAAUAUUGCAUCCUGAAAUAUUUGCAUCUACAGGUGUUGAACCUCCCCGAGGAAUUUUGCUCCAUGGGCCUCCAGGCUGUGGUAAGACCUCUAUUGCCAAUGCUCUAGCGGGAGAACUUCAGGUGCCGUUUAUAUCUAUUUCAGCUCCUUCUGUUGUAAGUGGGAUGUCCGGUGAAAGCGAAAAGAAGAUUCGGGAUUUAUUUGAGGAAGCCAAAUCGCUAGCGCCUUGUUUGGUAUUCUUUGAUGAAAUAGAUGCAAUUACCCCUAAGAGAGAUGGUGGUGCUCAGCGUGAGAUGGAAAGGAGAAUUGUUGCCCAGCUUUUGACGUCCAUGGAUGAACUUUCCUUUGAGAAAACCAACGGUAAACCUGUCAUUAUUAUUGGAGCUACAAAUCGGCCUGAUUCUUUAGAUUCAGCUUUACGGCGUGCUGGAAGGUUUGACAGAGAAAUAAGUCUGAAUGUUCCCAAUGAACUGUCUAGGAUGCAUAUUCUGAAAAAAAUGACUUCCAACUUAAAAGUUGACGGUGAAAUAGACUUCCUGAAAUUAGCAAAGUUGACGCCAGGAUUUGUUGGCGCCGAUCUGAAAGCUUUGGCAACUGCUGCCGGGACAUGUGCGAUCAAGAGAAUAUUUCAAAAUUACGCAUCAGUGGCAGCAUCAGAUGGGGCUAUGGAGAUUGACUCUGACAAUAAUCAAUCUUCCCUCAAGAAUACAGCUGAUGUUAUUGAACCGCUUCCUUUGUCAACCAUACAAGUCUUUCUGAAGAACUACACGGAACCACUUAACGAGCAGCAGUUAUCGACCCUAUCUAUAACCUACGAGGAUUUUCUAAAAGCACUGCCGACUAUACAGCCUACUGCUAAAAGGGAAGGUUUUGCUACGGUGCCAGAUGUUACGUGGUCCAGCGUGGGAGCUCUCUCCAAUAUUCGUGUUGAAUUAAAUAUGGCUAUAGUUCAGCCUAUCAAACGGCCAGAACUCUACGAAAAAGUUGGUAUAUCAGCACCCGCUGGUGUUCUAUUGUGGGGGCCACCAGGCUGUGGUAAGACAUUGUUGGCCAAAGCUGUCGCCAAUGAAUCAAGGGCAAAUUUUAUUUCGAUCAAAGGGCCUGAACUUCUCAACAAAUAUGUUGGUGAAUCAGAAAGGGCAAUCAGGCAAGUGUUUACGCGUGCGCGCGCUUCAGUUCCUUGUGUGAUCUUCUUUGAUGAAUUAGAUGCUUUGGUCCCCAGAAGAGAUACCUCUCUUUCAGAGUCAUCUUCAAGGGUAGUGAACACACUCUUGACAGAAUUAGAUGGAUUAAAUGACAGACGAGGUAUAUUCGUCAUUGGUGCAACUAAUAGGCCUGACAUGAUUGACCCGGCAAUGCUACGGCCGGGAAGAUUAGACAAAACGCUAUUUAUUGAACUACCGAAUGCAGAUGAAAAGCUGGAUAUUAUGCACACAUUGGUCAAAAGCAACGGAACUCCUCUCGCGCCAGAUGUUGAUCUCUCCGCUGUGGUCAACGACGAACGUUGUCGGAACUUUUCUGGUGCCGAUCUUGCCGCAUUACUCAGGGAAAGUUCUGUACUCGCCCUUAAAAGGAACUUCUUCCAUUCUGGUGAAAUCCAGUCAGUUCUGGACAACAACUUGGAUAGAGAAUUUGGCGAUCUGUCUGCUGGUACACCGAUGAACGAAAUAAUUGUGACCGUCACGGACUUCGAGAAUGCACUUCGGAAGAUAAAGCCUUCGGUCAGCGAUAAAGAUAGAAUGAAAUACAAUAAGCUAAACAAAAAAAUGGGCUGGAAUGACGAAGCAGGCGUGCAAGUCGAAGAAGAAGCAUAG